AUGUUCACCCUCACCAUGUCUUUUAUUGGCUCAACAAUCGGCAGUUUGCUGGUGGAAGCAAUUGGCUUUCCGUGGGCUGCGUUCUGCAUAGCGAUGAUGAACGUACUUCAGUGCCUCUGGAUCAUUGGCGUCAUGAUCGAUCGGAGGAAGCACCGCACUUUGGAGAACGAAAUUUGGAUGAUCAGCGCUCGCCAGCUACAAAGUGAAGGUGCCCUGGAAAAUAAAAUAGCACAGAGCAAAGAUCUGUGA